UCAUAACUACGAGCUAUAGGCAUUUAUAGCCUAGCUCAGACAUGGUCCUAAUGCUCAAGUCCGUGUUGGCAUUUUCGGUUUCAUUCUCACCCUACCUAUCCACUGCGCUGUCGAUUGUUGAUGUGGGUCGUGUUGCGAUAGACUCACCACUGCAUCAAUAUACAUACUAAUAUUUCUCAUGGCCCCUUUCUAUUUCCCGGUCUUACGCCCCCCGUGGUUGGCGGUCUUGGCCUGCCUAGCCGGGCUUAAUCCGCUACCAGCGUUUUCGAAGCCAUUGGAUCCGAAGACGUGCUCCUUGGACUUCCACGGCUCAGUACUAGGCCGUAGACAAGAAUCACUUACAUGUCCUCCCCCCAUAGAUGAAGAAUCCGCAAUAGAUACGGGGACCUGGGAGCCUUGGAAGCGUCGGCCCUACUGCAUAGAACCCUUACCGGGAGAUGCGCCCGGGCCACAGUUCUGUCUCUACACAUUCGAGCCGUUUCGCGGGGACCGAGGUCUGAGCGUUAUAACCACGCCCGUACUUGCAGCGAGCAUGGUCGACGCCUUAGAUGACUCGGUCGUGCCCCCGAAGCUCAGGGACCACCCUUCAAGUUCCCUCGCGGCGGAAGGAAGCAGUCCGGCGUACGUGAUUAAGGACAUACCCGGAAAGGGGAAAGGUUUAGUUGCGCAGCGCCAGAUUGGGAAAUGGGAACUAGUAUUGGUAGACUAUCCCUUCAUGCUUGCACACGUGGGUCUAUUCGAUGUAGUAGGCCCUGAGCUCCGCGAGGAUGUUCUAGAUCGAGCUUUACGCCAGCUACCAGAGGAGCAGCAAGGCGAAAUAUUGUCAUUGGCACGCAGCACUGGCGGUGAAACGGUUGAAGACAUUCUCAGAACGAAUAUCUUUGGCGUUGAGCUCGGAAUUGAGAUACCACAUCUAGGAUUACUUCCUAUUGGCUCCCGGAUCAAUCAUGACUGCAGACCCAACGUUUUCUGGCGAUACUCAGUACGUGCUUUAGCAGUCGAAGUCAUUGCAAUGCGCGACAUCGAACCCGGAGAAGAGAUAACACAAAGUUACGUACCUCUUGGGUUAUCCUACGAAGAGCGCAAAGAAGACCUGAAAAACUGGGGCUUCACCUGUACAUGCUCGCUAUGCGCCUCUUCUCAAAAGCAUAGGGCGGCUUCGGAUGAAAACCGAGCGCGACUACAGGAUAUCUACCAUGAGCUAAACGACAGCGCUGCGGGAAAGUCUAAUCUAACGAUCAACACAAUCGAAAGGCUCACUGAAGAGCUAGAGUCGCUAGUAGCCAAGGAGAACCUAGAGGCCCAACUUCUUGUGCACUACAGUGCUGUUGCUAGAGCCUAUAUGCGCGUCGGCGAGCUGGACGCAGCUAGGAGAUACGUGGAAUUAUGUGAGUACUUAUGGGUGCAAUACGCUGGAGAGGAAGAUGAUUAUCUCGCGGGAAUGCAUCAACUACGACAUGAGCUAAAUGAGAGGGACAGAAAGGCCACCAUCGACGGAAGGUCUUAAAGGAUAUAGAUUCAACUCGUAAUCCACCCCUUUCAAUUUCAUAAGAACAUUUACUCCUUUCUAGAUGAUAAAAACUACGAUAUAUGUCACUAAAAGUUAUGCACCGUAAGGCAAUCCGCCACUCAUUUUUCAUAGAAUCAUUGAGGGGAUUUAGCUAGUUA